AUUAAGUAAAAAACACCAAUACUUUACAAUGAAAUUAUUAAUACCUGUUUUAACAACACUAGUUAUGGGACUACUUAUCUAUUCACCGGUAUCUACUAUUGACAUCAAGUUUGAUCUGAUCGAUAUACUCAACCGUAACGGUUUGUCAUCGCUGGCCAACAAAUAUCGCCAGCCGCUGGUCAAACUCGGGUCAGAUAUGGUUCAAUUUUUCGACCGACUGGCCACCAAACCCAACACUGUCGACGACCUGGACUAUGCCAUCCGUUACGAUGUCGGCAAUCUGGUCGACAAUCUAUACAAUUGUGUUAUAAUAUUCGAGAAAAAUCUGGCCAAAGAUAUUAACCGACAAUUUACCGGACGAUUGGCAACUGUUGGCCAACUAUUAGCUAAACUCAGGGAUGCUAUCCAUCAAGUGUUUGAUCCCAGGGUUAAGGAUGUUCACAAACGUCCAGAUAUUAGACAACAAGCCAUCGAUAAUAGUUUGGAUACCGAUUUGUAUGGUUUGGCUCAGGUAUUAUCACAAUCGCUAACCGAGGAACUGGAGCCACAGUUUAGUCGAUCGUUGGCCGAGUUUUACAAUGAAAUAGGUCAGGCCUACGAUGAAGCUGUCGGAUCAAAGUUGAAGACCAUGUUGUUGCCACCCGGCCAUAGAGGAGUAGGAGGAGGAGGAGGAGGACAGGUAGUAUCACCUGAAAAAUAUCGAUAUCUAAUUGAUUUUGAUAGACAAUGGGAUCAACUGAUGGAUCAGAUUAAGCAAACAUUUAAAAAUUAA